CCUGCAGCCUGGCCGUUGUUCUCAGAAUCAUGUUUUUUGCCCGUCUCUUCUCCAACGUCUCUUUCAGCAUUCCUCUUCCCGCUCCCGUCGCCCCUGAUGACCCCCCGGCGUUGUCUCAGGCUUGCGUGCACGGGCAUAUCCGCUCAGCUGCCGCCGUUUAGCUUUCUCGCGCUUCAUUAUGCGUAUUUUAUCUUAGUUUCCUUGAUCAGUAGCCUCAUCUUUUGGGGGGCGUCGAAUCCUCCACGGAGUGUUUCGUACACUGAUUCUCUGUUCAUGUGCGUCAGUGCUAUUACAGGUGCUGGAUUGAAUAGCGUUGAGGCGUCCACAUUAAGCACUUUCCAGCAGGUUAUUAUGUUUGUGCUUCUUUUGCUGGGACAUUCCAUCCUCAUCUCAAUAACUGUACUUCAUGUUCGGAAGAGAGCUUUUCAGCAUAAGUUCAAGGGGAUAUCCAAUGCUCUCGCGCGACGGCCCGCUCAGGAAGCGCUCACGCCUAAUCUGCAAUCGGACGUUCCCCUUGAAGAGAGAACCGAUACCAAGGGCUAUCUGACAGCAAAUACCAUUCCUCCGGAGGGUUCAAGUCGAUCUAGAAUAGUGAUCGAGGCGCAGAUCGCGGACACUAACCAUCACGGUAUCUCCCACGAUCGUUCAGCAUCGACCUCACCCAAGAACGUCGUCGAAACACCAUUGAACUUGAAUUACCAAAAUUAUGGGGCCAGGGAUAGCUGCAACUCGUUGAACAAAGCCCAAUUUAUGCCCUCCAUAGGACUAUGGCGAGGAACCCAGAAAUAUUUUGAGUCAAAGGGGCUCAUUUCGCGAAACUCUCAGUUUCACGGUUUGACCCCGGAAGAAAGAGAGAGGCUCCAAGGGGUUGAGUACAAGGCUGUUUCGUUUUUGUCGGUCAUUGUUCCACUGUACUGGCUGUUGUUCCUAUGCUGUGGGAUCAUGGGCAUGGGAAUAUGGCUAGAAGUCAAUAAACCGCAAAUUCCUCGAGACAACGGCUUGUCACCAUUCUGGACGGGUGCGUUUUUUGCGGUUUCUGCGUUCGUGAAUAGUGGUAUGGGAAUCUUGGAUGCGAAUAUGACAGCCUUACAAACAGAUGCCUACCCCGUCAUUACGAUGGGUCUUUUGAUCCUGGCAGGAAAUACGCUUUAUCCUUGUUUUUUGCGACUUAUAAUUUGGUGUAUGAGACGAACGAUGCCAGAUCUACCAGCAUGGAAAUCAUGGAGGAUUACAUUGGAUUUUAUUCUUGACCAUCCCCGAAGGGUGUACACAAACCUUUUCCCAGCUCGCCAUACAUGGUACCUACUGGCAACCGUCAUCGUUUUCAAUGGUAUUGAUUGGGCCGGCUUCGAGGUUUUGGCCAUCGGGAACAAAGAGAUUGAAGGUUUACCAACUGGAUACCGAAUCCUCGAUGGCCUCUUUCAGGCGCUAGCUGUUCGCGCUGGAGGAUUCUCUGUCGUCACAAUUGCCGACCUACGCCAGGGAUUACUUGUCUUAUACGUUCUCAUGAUGUACGUUUCGCCUUUUCCAGUGCUGAUUACGAUGAGGCAUACAAACGUCUACGAAGAACGCUCUUUGGGAAUAUACGCCGAGGACGAAAAGUCAUACGACUACGACAAACCUUCCGAAAACUCGAUCAUGGAUAUGAUGCGCCGACAUAUUUUCACGAAAGAGGGCACACGUCGACACUUCCUUCGCGAACAAUUGAAAGACCAACUUAGCCAUGACCUCUGGUGGAUCGCGCUGGCCGUGUUCUUCAUCUCUAUCAUAGAAUCGAGCAAUUACAACAGAGAUCCCGUGGGAUACUCGACCUUCAACAUCCUCUUUGAAGUGGUCUCCGGAUACGGCUGCGUCGGCAUUAGCACAGGCUACCCAGGCAGGGACCUUUCAUUCUGUGGAGUCUGGCAUUCCCUCAGCAAACUUAUCCUGGCGGCUGUCGCGCUACGAGGUCGUCAUCGCGGUCUCCCCGUUGCUAUCGACAAAGCUAUCAUGUUGCCGAAUGAGUCUCAUGCGUGGGUCGAAGAAGAAGAUGCUGCAUUGAGGCGAGAACAAUCCCGUGUUUGUGGAUCUGCAGCUGUUUAAUUGUUCGACUUCCCGCGAGAGUACUUCCUUGAAAUCUGCGAACUUAUUUACUUACGACCUUACCGACUAUAGACUUAACGACAUAGACUACACCUACUAUUUUUAGAGUUUAAUGGAAGCAACGAAUAGACCUGUCGAUAUGAU